CGCUCCCGCCACCACCACAUGAUGUGUCUUCGCUUUAGCUUCUGCUUCAGUUGUCUGAAACCACGACACUCACUGGCAUAAAUUUUGUAGGCUAUAUAAAUUUCACUGCUCCAGCAAAUUUCUUCUACCAACUGCAUACAUCACAUUUCACAGGGAAAUCUACCUUCGCAAGAUGAGCGUUGUACAAGCACUGUACCCGCCGUGUAGUUGCGGAAUGUUGCAGAUCGUCAAAUGCGGACAUUCGGCGACGGAGAAGUUAGGGUUCACAAUAUUGUCUGGAAUCGAAGCCAUUGGAUUAAGCCGUCAUCGUAAAAGUUUGUUGAAGCCUAUUCUGGCAAAGGAAGAUAAUGGUGCGUCUCGGAUCGAGGACGGACAUCAAGUGAAGAAGAAGAAUGGCCUGACACCUUUGGCCAAUCACUCUGCUGCAUUAUUCGGUAAAAAUCUCGGCGAGAAGUCAGGUAUUGGGAAUUCGAUGAACAUUUUGUGGCACGAAUGUCCUAUUCAGAAACUUGAUAGAGAGCAUCUUCUUCAGCAAAAGGGCUGCGUCAUUUGGUUAACGGGUCUCAGUGGUUCAGGAAAAAGCACUCUGGCAUGUUUUUUGAGUAGAAGCUUGCACUCCAGAGGAAAGUUGACUUAUAUCCUUGAUGGGGACAAUAUUAGACAUGGUCUAAACCGUGAUCUUAGUUUUAGAGCAGAAGAUCGUUCAGAGAACAUACGAAGGAUUGGUGAGGUUGCGAAACUCUUGGCAGAUGCAGGUCUUAUUUGUAUCGCUAGUUUAAUAUCACCCUACCGAAAGGAUAGGGAUGCUUGUCGAGCUUUAUUGCCAGAGGGAAAUUUUAUCGAGGUUUUCAUAGACGUGCCACUAGAGGUGUGUGAAGCAAGGGAUCCGAAGGGACUUUACAAGCUUGCUCGAGCUGGAAAGAUCAAAGGUUUCACGGGGAUAGACGAUCCGUAUGAACCACCUUACAGCUGUGAGAUAGUAUUACAACAAAAAGGAAGUGAAUGUACGUCUCUGAGUGAUAUGACAAAAAUAGUAAUAUCGUACUUGGAUAAAAAUGGAUACCUCCGAGCUUGACAUAACCUGAAUGGGGUUUGUCUUCUUCCCUGUUUCUUGUCGUAGGUAUUAAUGUAUGUAACACAGUCUGAGGCACAAAAAUCUGCUCAUUCCAGCAGCAAGGAAAUCAUCGUUUGCUUCUGAUUAUGUAGGUGGAAGUAGUUGAGGUAGAUCUAUGAGGAAAUGUAUGUAUUAACCUUUAGCAUAUUUGUCAUUGAGUGUGUACUGUAGCCCUGUGAGGAUUUGUUCGCUUCCCCAUGCUAAUGUUUUCAUUCUUCGAACCAGUCUUGUCUUAAACUACAAAAUCUGACUAGGCAGACCCAAAAAAUAUAAUCAGAAU